AUGGCCACAACAUACGAUUCAUCGACGUCGACUGCAGUCAAUGGAAAUAAACCAAAAGCAGUACAUUGCCUAAGCCGAAGUCUUGAACGUGCACUUGAUGAAGCCACUUAUACAGGUGAAUUGGUCUUAAAUGGAAGAAAACUUCGCGAAUUUCCGAAUUAUUCCUAUUCAAACAAUAAAUGUGAUCUGUCCGAUACCAUAACAGCUGAUCUUUCUCGUAAUCAUUUUGUUGAAUUUCCACGAAUAUUAUGCUCAUUUUCAUCACUUGAACGUCUCAAUCUCUAUAGCAACGCAAUCAAAUCAAUUCCCGAACAAAUUGCUCAAAUUCGUCUGCUAAAAGUGCUGGAUUUAAGUCGAAAUCAAUUGGCUUAUAUUCCUUCAUCACUGUGUAAACUACCUAAUUUAGAAGUUUUAAUCAUUAAUAAUAACAAACUUCUCUCACUACCUGAAGAAAUCGGGCAAUUAGAACGAUUGAUCGAAUUAGAUGUUAGUUCGAAUGAUAUCAAUCAAAUUCCAUAUCAAAUUGGCACGUUAACAUCGCUUCGAACGCUAAACAUUCGUCGAAAUAUGAUUAGAGAAUUACCAGCAGGUAAAUUGAAUUCUUUUGAUUUUUUCGUGCGAAAAAUCGGCCAUCUGAAACUGAUCAAUUUCGAUUGCUCGUUCAAUCGACUCACCCGUUUACCGUUGAACCUACGAGAAAUGGUCACGUUAAUCGAGUUUAACGUAGAACAUAAUCCAUUAGAAAGUCCGCCGGCAUCGGUAUGCACGUUAGGUUUGCUACACAUUAUGCGUUAUCUUCUCGUCGAAGCGAUGAGAGAAGAGAAACGACGUGGUCUAUUAACAGAAAAUGAAAUCAAUUCCAAAUAUCGAAAUUCAUUUUCAUAUCAAGGCGCAAGACAUUUACAAUGUGGAACACGAUUACGAAAAACAGUGGUACCAUCCGAUUCAGGUUAUUUAACAACCGAAAGCAGUGAAAAAACUCUUGGCGAUGAUGAUUCUGUCAUUAGCAUGCCCGAUAAUCAAUCGCUUCGUAGUGAGCCUACCUUGAUGCUUACCCUUGCCGAUGAAUUUUCUAAAGAACUGACCAGACAAAGGACGGAAUAUGACAAGAAGAAAUGUCAAGCGCAUCAAUUAAAAAUUCAUUUAUUACAACAAUUAGGAGAAACGGAAACUCAAAGAGCCAAAACUCGAGAAUUAGCUCGACGUGCACAUGAUGAGAAGCUGGCAAAAAUGGAGAAACAACGUGAAGAUGCUCGAAGAAAAAUGGAGAACAGUAAAAAUAUUCAUUUGCUGAAUUUUUCGUCGAAAGAACGUCCUUGGCCGUUAACAAAACAAUUUUCUAAUGAUAAUUCAGCUGUCGGUGAUCUUCUAUUGCGAACGAAUCGUGCUAUUAGUGUUGAGCCAAACGGGAUAGCUGGUGGAAACGAGAUGAAAUUGAAUAAUGGACAUCACCGACAUUAUCUUAUUCAACAGAAAUCCUUGCCUAAUGGAUCGACGAGUCGAUGCGAAAGUUCAACGACGAUCAACCGACAAUUCACAAGUUCAGAUACGAUUAAUCAAUUAAAAAUAUCGUCAUCGAAUGUAAAUUAUGAUCAAAUGGAUGAUUUGCAGUAUGAUCACUACGAAGAAAAUCGAGUAGCAAAAUUGAAAUAUUAUGAUGGACCAUCGUCAAAUUAUGAUCAUAUGUCGAUGAAAACUUCGUCUAUGGAUAACUCAAUAUUUUCUAUGCAACGGCAUACGUUUCACUCAAAGGAGGAAAAUAUCCAACUGGAGCAAAUGAAAAAAAUCAUCGAAGACCGUUUGAAAGUGACGUUACCCGAUGAUAUAGCCUAUGCAUUAAGUGACGGUGUUGUUCUCUGUCAUUUCAUCAACCAAAUUCGACCACGCUCUGUUCAAAGUAUUCAUGUACCUUCUCAAGCAGUGCCGAAACUUUCCAUUGCUAAAUGUCGACGAAAUGUCGAGAAUUUUAUCGAAGCUAGUCGUCGCAUUGGCGUUCCUGAGCACGUGCUUGAUCUUGGUUUGAUUACUUUGCAUGAUUUUACCGAAACUAAAUUAACAAAAUAUCAUCAUCGCGAAUGA